AUGGCUGGACCGUAUCUUUCGCCUUUGCCAGGCGAUCUGUUAACGGAGUACAUGUUUGGUCGUCGUAGACAGCGCCGGAAUCGAACAACCUUCACACCGCAACAGCUCAGUGAAUUGGAGUCUCUCUUCCAAAAGACCCACUACCCCGACGUAUUCUUGAGAGAGGAGGUGGCGUUACGGAUCAGUCUUUCCGAGGCUAGAGUACAAGUGUGGUUUCAAAAUAGGCGCGCAAAGUGGCGCAAGCAGGCGCGCCUGCAGCUGCUGCAGGACGCGUGGCGGAUGCGCUGCCUCGGCCUUGGCACCCCGCCAUUGCCUAUGCCAGGCCACACAAAACCACCAGAUUCAUCGCCCGAAGGAGGAGAAUCACCGAACGACAAAGAUUCGCCCGAACCAUCACCGGCUAUGGAUAACAGAGAACUAAAAUCACCGCGACCCGAUACUUACCAUCAUAACGGUAACAUAACAGACUCUAUACCACCACCGGUACACGAAAUGCCACCGCCGAUGCAAUAUUCUAACGAAGACAGUAGGAUGAUACAACAGCCGUUCCCAUUCCCGCCAUUAUUGAUGCCACAACAAAUGGAAAACGAAAUAGUACCGACUGAUUUACGAGUCAUGACUUCUAAGACACCAAAUAAUUGCCAUUGUGGUCCAACAGUUCAAGAUAUAGAUGAACCGCAAAAUUUGGCUUACAGACCUCGAGAAGAUCUCAAAGAUACGAGCGACAGUGAUAGUGAUACUGAAAUCGAUCUCACAUCUCAUUCAUCUAAAGACGAUGAUUUGCGAGAAUCUGAAAGGCUUGCUAACAGAAUAGCAACUAGCAUCUUUAGAAGUGAUACAGUCUUACACGAUCUUGUACCAAAUGAUCUCAGUCUGGGUGCAGUAAAGAAUAUAAACGAAAGAAAUCUAAAUAGAAAUAACGUAACAAUGUGAAUUUGAUAGAGGCGUCUGUACUUAGUUUGCAUUGA